AUGUAUAGUUUGCCUAUAAAUGCUUCACAUGACGGACUAGGAGUCUCAGCUAUCAAACCAGGACCAGUCAGCUGUGCCAACUCAUUGCGACUCCAGUGUCAGGACCGACCGGAUGAGUUCUCUUCACCAGGGUCAAGGUCAGCAUGGAAUACAUGUGUUGGGUCGUUACGUAGGCCAGGGUCAGCGACUUGCUUGGAGGCUGAGUCACAGUAUAUCUACUAUUGGGAUGGCUGUCGUGUCAAGGACACUAGUGUGUACAUCCCAGCUUUCCUGUUGUGUCUUGGACACCAACUUGAUCACCUGAAGAAGGAGAGUGUCAAACUGAACGAGGAUGUAGAACACUUACAGGAUGCAUUACUAUUGCACCAACGCUUCCGGGAGGACGAGGGAUCAACUAUCAGGGGCAUGCUUAAAAAGGAGAUAGGAGGGUCAAUUUGGCAACAUGGUGGAGCAGGAAAAUUAAGAACAUAUAAAUCUACAAAGGACCUUGCUGAUCCUUAUGGUACAGGUACUCCUAAUUCUAAAACCAAGGAUUCUAGUAGGUCAAAGGUCACAAAGAUCGUCAGCGAUGGAGUGGAAUCAAAUUAUGUAAAACACAGGGGCUUAAAUGGAAGUUCCAAACCUUCUGAAAAGAAUGGUCCAUCCAAAACUGCAGGGAAUAGGCUUGAUAACGAAAAUGAUUCUUAUCAUUCUAAUGGUAGUAAUGGCAUGGAAAGGAUCAAGGUUCAAAAUUCCAUUGGGAGAGAUAUUCCUCCUGGGUGUGAAAGUUUUGGAAAUACAAGACAAGAUAAUGAGGCAGAUAGCAGAAAAAUUGGAAAUUAUGACUUACAAAAAAUGGAAUUGUUAAAAACAAAAGUGAUUGAGAAAGCCAGUGCUAAUGUAAUCACACGUAAGAAAUGUGCUGGAAAAUACAACAUUCCAGAUAAUAAAAAAGAAAAUCCUUUGUCAAAUACAUCAGGCAGAGUGAAAAGUUCACCUGUAAAGUCACGACGAGAAAAUAGCAGGGAAAGAAGAAGUGAAACAGGAAAAGUAGAUAAAUUACAGAGAGAAAAUCAGAAACAACAAACAAAACAUGAGAAUUCAGCACCAAGAAAUUCAAUGGAUCUUGAAUCUAAUGAAAUUCAAGAAGAAUCUCACAGAUUGACUAGUCCCAAAUUUCCAAAGCAAACUAAUAGAAUUUUUGUAGAUGAUUCUGGAAGAAAGUCACCAUUGGGAAUAGACAACCAAGCUAUUCUUCAUGAUACUGAUCAGCAAAAUGUUUGUCACUCACUUGAUACAAGUCCAAAACAGGUGUUAAAAUGUGACCCAGAUGUGCAACUAUGGUUACGCAGGCUUGGUUUACUAGAAGAGGAAAAGUAUAUCCAAAUCUUUGCCAAAAAUGAAAUAGACAUGGAAGAAUUGCUACUGCUCACUCCAGAGCAGUUAACAAGACUUGGAGUGGUUGCAGUCGGAGCAUUUAACAAAAUUGUACGAGGAAUUCAGGAACUACAGCAGAAAUCCAGUUGGACUGGUGAAAUGUUGUCACAGAAAUCCAAUAACACAUUGUCACAAACUACAGCAGAUAUCUGUUCAUCAGUGUCCAAAAAUGACUGGAACACUAGUCAGGAGAGUUCACCUUACAGGACCACACCAUGGAAAGAUAGAUCUAUACAAGAUCCUAAAGGGAUAGUUGAUGGAGUUAAAAAGCCAGAGUUCAGAGCUUUAAACAGUCAAGACAAUGCCUCAGAUAAGAUGAGUUCGCAUUCAUCUGAACCAAAUAAUUUUGACAAAAUGUCCUUUUUAGAACAUGAUUUGAACAAUGAAAAACACAAGCCAGUGGAUGAAGGAGGUGGGAAAAGGGAUACAAAAAAGCUUGAUAUUGAUGGAAAUAAAAGGAUUUUAUCACGAUCAAAUAGUUUUAAUUCUAGGUCUUCAACAUCAAAGCCACCAGUGAAGCGAGAACAAGAGAGGGCAAGUAAGAAAGACAUAGAGAAAAAUUCAGACAAAAAGAAAAAAGGUCAGGGAAAGUCACAACCUCGACCAAGGUCAAGGUCACUCACAAGACGUGGAAGUAUGAGCAAAAUUGACAGUAAGGCUCCAACCUCAGAGAAUGUAAAACAGAAGAUGUUGAUAAUUCGACCAGAGUCAGCCAAAGUGGAAGCUGUUGACACAAAUGGACAACAAAAGAAACAUCCGGCUGUUAAUGCAGCAACUCAGAGACUGGAAGAAAGACAGAAAAUGGAGAAAGAUUUGGAAGAAAAAGAAAAGAAAUCAAGAGAAAGAAGAAAGCAACAUAGAGAUGAGUUAGCUGCCAAACAUUUAUCUCGAGAACGGGGACGACGAGGUGAUGAAGAGGAGGUGGACACUAUGGCCCACAUACAGCAGUGGGCGACUGAGGUGACCAAUCAUACACUGGCUGAUCUGCUGACCGUAAGCGUGUUGGACACUGGGAGCCAUACAGAUGAGGUAGAGGCUAAUGGACAAAAUGUUCCAACUUCUGGUGAUCUGAAGGAUGAAGGAUCUAGACCAUUCUACAGCAGACGUACCCCUAAAGUGUCCAGUAGACAGAGUAUAGCUCUCCCUUCAAGUGAUGUCACCAAGGAAAACCCUAAUAAAUUUCUUGUAUCGUCCUCACUGAGAAUUUCUUCAAGACCUCCAAAACACAGCUCUACAAAGCAGGGUUCAUCCACGGCUGUCCGCGACCUUGAGCAGCAGAUUCAGUCCCUGCAGGACCGUGCAAUGUCGGGAGAACUCAUCACCAUGGACCUAGUGAGAGACCUCCAAAACCGAUUGGUUCAAGUGGAAAACCAAGUAACCAAUCAGAAGUUAGAGCAGUUUUCAAAAUCCCUUGGAAAGAACCAAUCAACUGAUGUCACAAACUCCAAUCUUGGGAAUGAAAUCACAAGGUUGAAUUUGGAUGAUGAUUCGUCAAGGUCAGAUGUUGACGACAACCGGGGUUCAAGGUUAAAACAGGAGGAAAGCAACAGUUUAUUUGAAGAUACAGUUACUGUUCACAGCAAUGAAAGUGAAGAUGAUAUUGAAGAUGAUAUUAGUAUGAUGAAAGAACAAAUAAAAAUAAGGAAUUCUUAUCAUAGAAAUACAAGAUCUUCUACCGUUUCCAUGUCGAUGAGUAAACAAGCUUUACUGUCUGAAAUCAAGAAAGAAAAAGCACAACAUAGAAAACAGAUCAGACACUUGAAUUCAGAACUAAACAGGAUACGCCAAACUGAACCUGUUCGAAGCAUAGAGGUGGAUCGUAAUGAUGUUCAGUUUGAUGAACAAGAUCUGAUUGGUGAGGGAACAUUCUCUCAGAUCUCUUCUCUCAGAGAGCCCCUGGAUCAUGCUGAGUAUUUCCGUAUCUCUCACGACAUCGCUCUCGGGAUGGCCUACCUCCAUCAACAAAAACCAGCAGUUCUGCACCUCGAUCUCAAAUCCAUGAACGUCCUCAUCUGUAGUAAUGACCGCGCAAAGAUUGCGGACUUUGGCUUCUCAAAAUUAAGAUAUGAUGCUAACUUGAAUGCAACAAAAACAUCAAAAACAAAACCAGUACAUGGGAGUCCUGCAUGGAUUGCACCAGAACUACUGGAAACAGGGGAGGUAACUCCCAAGGCUGAUGUAUACAGCUUUGGUAUUAUACUGUGGGAAAUGUUGACGAGAAAGCAGCCAUAUGAUGGAUGUUCCGUGUUUCAGGUCCUGGAGAGAGUAAGGUUGAACAAGAGACCGGAGAUACAUCCAAGUUGUCCUGAACAACUCUCUAAAUUUAUUCAGCAGUGUUGGGCACCUGUCCCUGCCAAACGACCUCCAUUCAAGGAUAUUCUGACACAGUUGGAAGAUAUGACUUUCCCAUCUGAGUGGCAGGAUUUGUUUCGGGUUGCAGGAGUUCCGCCCGAGGCACUUGAGGAUGUACACUCAACUCGAACCAUAAUCAGUCUUGUCACAAAUUCUCUAGACACAGCAAAUGCCAAAAGUCUUAUUGAGGAUAUAAAACUUAAACGAUCAUUCGGUACCUACGUAGAGGACAGACCAUAUACAGACACCCAGGGCCCUCUAUCACCCAAUCAAAGUGAUCAUACCAAAACGUCGACAGAGAUUAGGCCAACAUGUUCUACUAGGAAAUCUCAGGACAUUUUAAAUGAGGUGCUUCAGUCAAGAGACUUGAGCCCAAGAAAAAUAAAUUCCAGUCGAUCUCCAAGAGAACAUUUAGCACAAAUGAAUAAAAGUGAAACACGCCGAAAACCUGUUGAACCCCUUGUUAUUCCAACAGGGAAAGACGAUAGCUCCCAAGGUACACCUAGAUCCGUCAGAAGUAGUCGUGGCUCUCCAGACACAGACCUUAGGACCAGUUCUCCAGACACAGCUACACCUCUCAGGAACAGUCAGGACCUUAGGACCAGUUCUCCAGACACACAGAUGAGGACAGAAAAAGUCAGAAACAGUGUUGCUUCAGAAACUGACAAGUCAGUAAGAAAGAGCCUUGCUGCAGAAAUUGAUACAUACCAGAAACAGUUCAGUGUAAGGAAAAGUUUCACAAGUACAGAAGGUUGCUCUGAUGUCAAACAUUCCUAUGAUGUCAAAAAUCCUAUGGUUUCAAAUUCUCCAAGAAAGCAGAUUAAUUCUUUGCAUUCCGAUUGUGAUAAUAAAUCCAGAAAUGCAAGUAACAAUUCUGUUUAUUUAAUGAGUUCAAGGAGAGAGAAAAAUGAUUUCAAAACAGAUGAGACGAAAGAACUCCAAAACAGUGAUGUCGUGGAGCUCAAGAGAAAUCAGGAUUUGAAUAAAAAUGUUAUGAGCGACACCUGCAAAAGUACUGAUGCACAGAAGAAAGGUGUAGAUUUAAGACAAAGUUUACUUAGUGAAGUGAGAAAUAGUAAAAACAUAUUAAAGGGCAGUGUUCAAAAUGUAACUCCAAAAUCACAUAAUCAGAAGGGUUCAAGUGUCCAAUCCAGUAUACAAAAAACACCAAGAUUGCAAAAAGAUGGAAAUGUAUUCCAACGUCAAGUCAUAGAUACACAGAACUCUCUCAGGAAAAGUUUACAAAAAAGCCCGCCAUCUGCAGCAAGAAUGAUGGAGGUUGACCCUCGUGGGGCGGUGAUCGAUCCUAUCAAAACACCAGCAGCUAUUCAGAAUCAAAGAAAGGUGACGGAAUAUAAGUCGGGACAGUCUCAAUAUGUCGCAGGAUACAGAAGUCCUCGACCACAAAUGAAGCCUAAACCUACAGGAUUGAAAUCAGACAAAAACACUGUGAAAACUUUAGACCCAGAACAAGUUAGUGGAAAGUCAAGAGCAUCUACAAACUGGAUGGCCGAGUUAAGUUUUAAACUCCAGAAUUUGGGAAAUUUCUCCGACCUGGAGAAUUCUCCAGAUGUGAUCACAUCAGGAAAGACACUUUCCUCACAGUCUGAUGAACUGAAGUGGAAACCAGACAGGACAGGUAACAGUGUCACAGGAAAUGUUCAUUAUCCUACAUACAAGUCUAAUAACAAUGUAUCUCCUCACUCAAAACAUGUGUCUAGUCCUUAUAAAGCAAAUCUACAAAAUGGUGCUGAAGAUGAAUGUGUCACAUCUGAGCCUUCUCAGCCACAGAUCCCAGCGCCCCCACCCCCACCCCCACCCCCACCUCCUGUUAUCUCAGCGACAGGUGGCAAGAAACAGAUUAUAAAGCCUGCCAUUGUCUCAAAAGACCUCCCACAGCCAUCCAGGGCGACAAACCGUGGACUGCAGUGUGGUGUUCCUCAGAUAGAGAAUGUGGACAAUUCUCCAAUGUUGUUGAAGUCCAAGGAACUGCGUGAUCAGAAAGACAUCCUACAGUCAACCUCCAAACCUCACCCUAGUCAGCUCCACGACCUUCGACAUGUCAAAAAGAGUACCAUGGUGUCCAUCGCUGAAAUACUCAAAAAGGCUGUGUCCAGCCGGCGGAUGGCAUUAGGAGAAGACCCGAACAGUCCUCCACAGUCAGUGGCUAGUAGCUGGUCAAUCAUGGAUGACUGA